AUGCAUAUCCUCAAACAAUUGGCACUCCUAUCUCUUGCGACAAUUUUCGCACCAACCGCAGUCUCCUCUCGUUGCACGUUCGGGGACGAAUGCUGGCCAGAAGACAUUUCAUGGCAAGCCUUCAACGCCACAGUCGGCGGCCAUCUAAUUCGCUCUCUUCCCUCUGCAGCAGUCUGUCAUCAAGGCCCCUUUCAUAAUAUACAAGCUUGUAAUUCCACGGAGCAAAACUGGGACAAUAGCUUUUGGCGAACAAACCAGUCUGGCGCCUAUACUGCUCUGCUUUGGGAAACGGGAGAGUACGGGCAAUGCUAUUUGGAUGAUAUUGAUAAGCCAUGCGACCAAGGACGAGUCCCAUACUAUUCGGUGAAUGCGCACAAUGUUCAAGAUAUUCAAGCUUCAGUCAAAUUUGCCAGGGAAAGGGAUUUGUACCUCGUGAUAAAAAAUACAGGACAUGAUCACCUUGGACGUUCCAGCGGGAAAGGCUCAUUCGCAAUAUGGACUCACAAUCUCAAAGGCAUCGAUUGGCACGAGUCUUUCGUCCCUGAAGGUGCAGGUGUCGGAACUUCUGGUAUCCCGGCAGUGACGAUUCAGCCCGGAGAACAGUGGCUAGACGUUUAUCGAGCAGCUGCUGAAAAAAGCGUCAUUGUUGUGGGCGGUUCUGCUCGGACAGUUGGUGCUGCGGGUGGAUAUGUCCUCGGCGGCGGCCACUCACCAUUUGCGCACUAUCACGGACUUGCUGCUGACAAUGUUCUUGAAAUGACUAUCGUUUCAGCCGAUGGCACCCACCGUACAAUCAACAAUCAUACGGAUUCGGAUUAUUUCUGGGCCUUGCGAGGCGGAGGAGGAAGUUCGUGGGGUGUGGUUACGUCGGUGACAUACAAGACACAUCCUAUCCCUCAAAGCUUUAUCUUCGGCCUAGUCCAGAUCAACUCUACCAGCAACGAUACAUUCAAACGAGUAGCCAAAGAGUCCCUCCAAUUAAUCCCAAAAAUAACUCAGGCAGGGUUUACAGGGUAUGCAGACAUCGAAGGGGGCUUCUCGGCGCUUUUCGUUCAGCCAAACGGAACAGUGGAAAAUUUCAAUCGCACAUUCGCUCCGCUGGAAAGCCUCGCCGAUGUCCCCGGAGUCAGCGCCCUGAUAACCAGUUUUCCAGGUAGUUGGAAUAUGUAUCUUGACGAUUUUCUGCACGAUCCAAAUAUUGCGACGAAUAUACAGGAUGCAUCCCGACUGCUGACUGCCGAUGUUCUCGAAAAUAAAACGGACGAAUUGGUUGAAUUCAUUUUAGAAAACGGAGGAGGUUUUAAUUGGAUCGGCCACGCUAACAAUGAUGAGCGAGACAACACUGCUGUUCACGAAAUUUGGAAGAAAUCUCACGGGGUGUUUAGCGCCUCUGUCGAUUGGGCAGAUAGCGCCAGUGCUGCGGAAAAACACCAGAAAAGAGAAUUGCUAGUGCAUCUGAGUAAUCGAUUGACAGAUAUUGUGGGAGAAGAUGGGGGAACCUAUGUCAACGAAGCAAAUCCAUAUGAACCAAACUGGCAGCAAGUAUUCUGGGGAGACAAGUACCAGCGUCUUUUAUCGAUCAAGAGAAGAGUCGAUCCCACUAACCUGUUCGUUUGCAACCGAUGCGUCGGCACAAACAUAGUUUUGCAGCCUUAA